GUAACAUUAUUUUUUUAGACACCAUGAAGACAACUAUUCCAGUUGAAAUCCCAAAUACAAUUUUUGUAAUAAGUAUCAUCCUAUCGGCCACCGUCAUAGCUGAAUAUCGCGUGGGAGUCGGGAUAGCGGAUGUUACUGGACCGAUAGCCCAAAUUCAUUUCCUUGGAUAUGCAAACCCUUUUCAGAAAGGUACCGGUCUGCACCUCCGGCAAUUUGCGAGAGCUUUUAUUAUAGAAGAAGAUAAUCAAAGGGUUGUGUUCGUAAGUGUAGAUGCAGCUAUGAUCGGAGCGGGCCUAAGAAGCAAGGUGCUGAUGGAUCUCGAAAAGAAAUACGGCGACUCUUACAAUGAGCAAAAUUUAAUAUUAAGUGCAACGCAUACACACUCAUCACCAGGUGGAUUUAUGAUGGAUCUCCUUAUAGAUAUUUCAACCCUUGGGUUUAUUCCUCAAACGUUUAGUGCCUUACGAAGAGGAAUUGUAAAGGCUAUAAUAUCCGCCCACAACUCUCUGGAAGAGGCCAAAAUAUAUAUUAGCUCAGGCACAUUGCUGGAUUGCAAUAUUAAUAGAAGUCCUUCAGCUUAUUUACUGAAUCCAAAAGUAGAAAGAGACAAGUACGAAUAUGAUGUGGACAAAGAGCUAACCCAAUUGAAGUUCAUUGCAAAAGGUAAUAGUAGGUUGUUGGGAAUCAUAAAUUGGUUUCCUGUUCAUCCAACCUCUAUGAACAACACAAAUACGUUAGUGUCUUCAGAUAAUGUCGGUUAUGCAUCCAUCUUAUUUGAAAAAUAUAUUAAUAAAAACAAAAGGAUUGGAAAGGGCCCAUUUGUGGCAGCGUUCGCUUCAACCAAUUUGGGUGACGUUUCCCCCAACCUUAAAGGAGCACGAUGUGUCGAUACAGGAGCUGCGUGCGAUGCCGUAACUAGCACCUGUGGGGGCAGAUCACAGUCUUGCAUAGCAUAUGGUCCUGGUAGAGAUAUGUUCGAAAGUACCAAAAUUAUAGCAGAACGACUAUUUAAAAAAGCGCUGGAAAUUUUGGAUAAGAACGACGAAGAGUUACGCGGCGGCUUAAUUUUCGGACAUCAGUACGUAGAUAUGCCUAGUCAAUAUAUUGAUCACAUGAUGCCAAAUGGAACUGCUACAAAGGUACACGGUUGUCUACCAGCAAUGGGUUACAGCUUUGCGGCGGGAACGACGGAUGGACCUGGAGGUUUCGAUUUUAAACAAGGCACUUUAAGUGACAACACUAUGUGGAAUUUUAUACGAAAUAUUAUUGCCGAACCGACAAGCGACGAUAUUUCCUGUCAUCAUCCAAAACCCAUCUUUAUACCAACUGGAAGGAUAAACGUCCCGUACCGUUGGCAAUGUCGUAUUGUUUCGGUGCAGGUGGCUAUCAUUGCACAUGUGAUAAUUGCUGCUGUUCCUGGAGAGUUUACCACAAUGGCUGGUCGGCGUUUAAGGAGACAACUUGAAGAAACGUACAGUGAACACGGAAAUCAGAAGAGCAAAGCUAUUAUUGCCGGCCUCAGCAAUACGUAUACUAGUUACAUCGUUACAAAAGAAGAAUACCAAAUGCAAAGAUAUGAAGGGGCUUCGACCAUAUUUGGACCGUACACGUUAGAUAUCUACCUUAAUGUCUACAAAAAUUUAGUCAAUUCUUUAAUGACAAGAAAAGAAUAUGACAAAGGAAUACCGCCAUCCGACAUAUCGGGGAAGGUUUUCUCAUUUGCAACCCCAAUAUUAUACGACUUACCCCUCCUUGGAUAUUCCUUUGGGGAGUGCAUAAAACAACCUUCAUCAGAAGUGAAAACGAAAUCAACUGUAACCACGACUUUUGUAUCAGCUAACCCCCGUAAUAAUUUAAUGCUCGAUAAAACAUACUUGACCGUGGAAAAAUUGACCGAUUCAAAGUGGAAUGUUGUCGCGACGGAUGCGGAUUGGGAAACUACUAUGACCUGGAAAAGCUUAGUGCUCGUAGCUGGAUACAGCCAAGUUACAAUACAGUGGUACGUCAGCAAAGACAUCCCCUCGGGUACAUAUAGAAUCCGACACUUUGGAUAUUCAAAGCCAUUUUUUGGUAACAUCAGACCGUUUGAGGGAUCGACCAAAAUAUUUAAGGUUAUUUAAAUAAUUGUAUCUAUGUAAAAAAUAUAUGUAAUGUGUAAAGUAGUGUAUAUAGAAGCAAAAAUAAAGGUUACAUAGUACAUACUAAA